AUGUCAAAGUCAUGAAUCAAAACAAGAAUUUAUAUAUAUUUUAUAAUUUUGAUGAUUAAUAAUUAAUGCAUAAAAUAUAGUCAUUUCAAAUAGAAACAUCCCCAUAUAUAUAUUUUAAGAUGUUUUAUUAUUAACUAAGUGAAUUUGUUUUUACGCAUUUAGUCUCGGUAGCGAUACCAAAAUAUUCCACAAUGUUAAGGAGAAAUAUAUGUAAUAUCCACAAAAUAUGCUGUUUUUAUACUGCUCCAGCUACUUUGCUUGGCGAAACUGAUGUAAGUUCAUUAAAUAAAGUAUUCAAACCUAUGAAUUAUCACAGCUUUUCGAAACCACAAAACAUAACCUUAAUCAGACAUCUUAGUUAUAUACACGAAGUAAAACAUGACUUGGAAAAGCUUAAAAACGAACCAAAUUACAACACAUUCACAUACAGGACUCAUACAUGUGGAGAACUGAGGCCUAGUCAUGUUGGACAAAAAGUGUCACUCUGUGGAUGGAUACAGUACCAAAGAAUGACGAAGUUUUUACUUCUCAGGGAUGCAUACGGUACAACACAAUGUAUUGUAAAUGGUGAUACGAAUCUACCUGACAUACCAUUAGAAACCACAGUAAAAAUUGAAGGAACAGUAGCAUUGAGACCAAAAAGUAUGAUAAAUACCAAUAUGACGACUGGUGAGAUAGAAGUAGUUAUUAAUGAUUUGCAAAUCCUCAAUACAGCCAGUAAUCUUCCAUUUCAUCUGAGGGAUUAUCAGAAACCAAAAGAGCAGUUGAGACUUCAACAUAGGUAUAUUGAUUUGAGAUUUCCUGAUAUGCAAAAUAAUUUGCGACAAAGAUCUACAAUGCUCCAUAAUAUGAGGAGGUUUCUUGUUGAGAAGCAUAAGUUUGUUGAAGUGGAAACACCAACAUUAUUUUGUAGGACACCAGGUGGCGCCAGAGAGUUUGUUGUACCUACUCACCAUGCCGGUUUAUUCUAUUCUUUGGUUCAAAGUCCUCAGCAGUUCAAACAAAUGUUGAUGGCUGGAGGCAUUGACAGGUAUUUUCAAGUAGCCAGAUGUUAUAGGGAUGAGAGCACACGGCCUGACAGGCAGCCGGAGUUCACACAAUUGGAUAUAGAAUUAUCAUUUACAAAUUUAGAUGGAGUAUUAUCAUUGAUCGAACAAUUACUUUAUACAACUUUUAUACAAGAUAUUCCCAAACCACCUUUCAAAAGAAUCACCUAUAAAUAUGCUUUAGAAAAUUAUGGAACAGACAAACCUAAUUUAACUUAUGAUUUGAAAUUUAAGACUAUUAAACAUUUAUUUUGUGAUAAGUUAAACGAUUCAAACUUUGGUGCUUAUGUGUUACCAUAUCCUAAUGAAUUGGGAAAAUUAACAACUAAAUACAAAGAAAAAAUCAGAGAGUUGAUCAAAAAGUACAAAACUAAAGUAGUUUUAUAUGAAAAUAUCUCUAAAGAACUUAGUGUGGAAUUAUUUAAUAAAAUACAGGAUACUAUUGGUGAGAGGAACUCUUGUAUAGUCAGUUUAGGGGAUAAUGAAAAUGCCUGUUUAUGUCUAGGAGAAAUUCGUGGUUUUAUUGCCACAUUGUUGCUAUCAAAAAAUUUGUUAAAAAUUAACAAUGCUAUGGUACCACUUUGGGUCAUAGAUUUUCCCUUGUUUGUUAAAGGUGAAAAUGGUUUAGAGACUUGUCAUCAUCCAUUCACAGCUCCUCAUCCAGAAGACAUACAUUUAUUACAAUCUGAUCCACUAAAAGUGAGGUCAUUGGCAUAUGAUUUGGUGUUAAAUGGUAAUGAAGUUGGAGGUGGUUCGGUCAGAGUUCACAAUGCAGAAUUGCAAGAAAAAUUACUAAAAAUGCUGAAUAUAGAUAAUACAAAAUUGUUGCAUUUUCUAAAUGCAUUGAGGAGUGGGUGCCCCCCACAUGCAGGGAUAGCUUUGGGUAUAGAUAGAUUGGUAAGUAUAGCAUGUAAUGCGGAGUCAAUAAGAGAGGUAAUUGCAUUUCCUAAGUCUCAUGAGGGAAAAGACCCAUUAUCUGGAGCCCCUAACUUUAUAAAUGAAGAUGAUAAAAAAUAUUAUCAUAUUGUUACUGUUGAUUAACUGUGUAUGUAGGAAAAUGUUAAUAAAAUAUAUAAUUUUUAUUGUU